UAUUAAGGGUAUGAAAGCAGCGGAAGUUACACCCUACAUAGUGCACUAUGUUGUAUUUGGGAUUGAGCCAAGCUAAACUGAGAAAAUGCGAGUUUGUAGACCGGAUGAAGAGCUGGAGAAGGUGCAAGAAGUGGAUUUCUGUAUGGAAUGUCAGGAAAGAGUCGAGGUGUCCGUCUACACAGAUGUGGAUAAGGAGCUUUUCGUAAAGGAGAUCUACCCUCUGAGAAAACCGGUGGUGCUCAGGGGAGUGCCUUUAGGACCAUGCCUGGAAAAGUGGACAGUGGAUUACCUGGCAGCAAAAGGAGGUGACCGGGAGGUGAAAGUUCAUGUGUCUUCUGUUCCUCAGAUGGACUUUCUGCAUAAGAAUUUCAUAUACAGGACAUUACCGUUUGACAAGUUUGUCCAGAGAGCUGCAGCAGAAGCAGAGCACGAAGAGUUCUUCAUUAGUAAGGAUGAGAGUUACUACUUAAGAUCACUCGGAGAAGACGCUCGUAAGGAGCCUGCUGACCUGAGGAAGCAGUUCCCUGACCUGGCGCAAGACUUCCAUAUACCUCCGUAUUUUGAGCCUGAGCAGUUUUUCUCCAGUGUUUUCCGCAUCAGUUCACCUGGCUUGCAGCUUUGGACACACUAUGAUGUAAUGGACAACCUGUUGGCUCAGGUGACUGGGAGAAAGCGUGUCGUUCUCUACAGCCCCCACGAUGCCCUACACCUCUACUUGUCAGGUGAUAAGUCUGAAGUUUUGGAUGUAGACACUCCAGAUUUGGAGCGGUAUCCAGAUUUUGUGAAAGCGUGUCGAUACGAGUGCAUUUUAGAACCAGGUGACAUGCUCUUCAUCCCAGCCCUUUGGUUUCACAACACGUUGGCUCUUCAGUUCGGCACUGGAGUCAAUGUGUUCUGGCGCCACCUGCCCCUGGACAGCUACGAUAAGAAGGACCCGUACGGGAACAAGGACCCGGUGGCAGCGUCGCGAGCCCUGCAGGUCCUGGAACGGGCGCUGGGAGCACUGGAUGAGCUGCCAGCUGAAUACCGGGACUUUUACGCUCGCCGCAUGGUGCUGCGUAUUCAAAACCGGGCGUACUCCAGUGAAACAUAACACAAGAGCGCAGCUGCGUUCACUCACUUACAGUAAUGUACCAGAGGAAAAAUAAAGACAGAGACUACAGUUGGUGAUCAUGAUUAAGUGUGUCUGGUACAUUUUAUUAAUGUCACAGUGAUCCCUGUGGGAAAAGAUAGCGUUGGCUAUGUGAACUUGUUUGUCUCUGUCAUUACAGCUACACAGUUGGUGUGCACUAGACUGUUUUUGUUUUUUCCCCCUCCUUUUUAAAGCCAAGCAAGUUUAUUUAGGUGUGUAAUUUUUCACUCUUUAAAUUUUCACUUUUUAAAAGGUGGCACAGUGUGUUCCAUGCCAGGGCAGCAUAGUGACCAAAAAGCACUGAGACAUCGACUGUGACGUAAUGGAGUUGAGGACGGAUGC